GGGGGGAGCUGCCUGGUGGGCGGGCGUGGGGGUGGGAAACAGGAGGCGUUCAGAGGGCUCCUGGAAGCCCAGGGCGCUGCCUGUCUCCGCUCUACCCAGCCCGCGUUUGGCCCAUAGCACAGACACAGACGCUCUGCUCCUAAACUGCCCUAGGCUCCUUUUGCCUACCAGAACCGGCAUGAAGGGAGGGCGAAGAACCAAAAAAACCGAAUUGUCAUGCACCCGUGACAUUCGGCUGUGCCGUCCUAAGUACUUUUCCUGGGUCAGGCUGCGCCCGCCCACCUGCCUCCCACGUCUCACAGCAACGUCUUGGAUCUGCCCACUGCUCUGCCUGGCUUGUCUGUUUCCCCAGCUACUGCCCCAAGCAGGCUAGCCUUCAUUCCUUCCACAGAUAUUUCUUGAGAGGCUCCUAUGUUUAGGGUUGCUCACUUGGGCAAUAAAAUCACAAUACCUUUUAUCUGACAAUCUGACCUCCCUUCUGUUUUUGGUGCUGGGGAUUGAGCAGAGGGCAAAACAGAAAAAUCUCUUACAUUCUAGACAGGGAGACAGAAAUGCACAAAGAAGCUCUGAAGUUGGUGCUGUGGACAAAGAUCACGCCGGCAUUCAGAUUUCCUGCGGGUUCCUUGGGGGAGGGAGGGUCCGGUGUCCUACCUUCGGAUCAUGCCUGUCUCCUCCUCCUAGCGCCUCUGGCAGGGAGUGCCUCUUGAAGUCACUGGUUUUCUGGCCAGUGUCUAGAGGACAGCCAGUUCCCCACACCUCGCUCCCCAAGGUGAAGAACCAAGUAUUUGGAGGUAGAGCAGCGACCCGUGCCGUCAGCUCUGCUCAUGUCUUUGGACCAGGAUGGGACCAGUGUGCACCACAGAGGGGAGUUCUGUGUUGUGGACAGCGCUUCUGCCACGACGUGCCCCAUCGGAGCCCCGGGAUACUCAGCAUUUGUACAAUCACGCGCCUUCCCAGAAACCACCGCUGGACAGGAGGAGGCAGGAAGCAGGCACGGCCCCUGUGACGCAGGUGCUCCUCUCCCGAAGGAAUUCCCUGGGGCGGCAGUUCUGACCUCACUCUCACUGCUGCUGGCGCUUCUCCUGGCGGCCGCGGUUGGCUUCAUCUGGAAACUGCACCGAGAGAAAGAGCAGGAACGCGGGAGCAGAGAGAAACUCCAGAGAGAGCUCCGCUGGAGAAAAGCCCAGAAAGUGGACGAUUGGAGAAAAGCCCGGGCCUGUGCUGCCACUGUGACUCUUGAUCUAGACACCGCCUUUGCUGAACUCUUUCUGUCUGAGGAUCGCCGAAGCGUGCAGCGCAAAAUCAUACCACAGCAUCUCCCUGAAAAACCAGGAAGGUUCCUGCAUGACCCCUGUGUGCUGGGCCACGAGGCCUUCUCUUCGGGGAGACAUUACUGGGAAGUAGAAGUAGGGGAUAGGACUUUCUGGGAACUCGGGGUCUGUGAAGAUCAUCUGGAAAGGGCGUGGGCAAUCCAAGAGUCACCUCAACAUGGAGUCUGGGCCUUAGAACUGUAUGGGAAUAAGUACCAGGCCCUCACCUCCCCGCGGACCCCUCUCCCCCUGGGCGAGCCCCUUAGGCGAGUGGGGAUCUUCCUGAACUAUGAGGCUGGGGAUGUGUCUUUCUAUAACGCGGCUGAUGGGUCUCACCUCUACACUUUCCCCCAGACCUGCUUCUCUGGGCCCCUCCGCCCUUUCUUCUGCCUCUGGUUCUAUCACCCAGCCCCCCUGACCAUCUGUCACUGAGGCCACGGUGGGUGGGGAUUUUCAGUUGAGCCUGCAGGACAGACCGCUGCCUGGAGGUGAGGGAUGGCUUCAGGGACAGCAGCCUGGGCUCCCUUCCUGGCCAGCUAUGGAGGCUGAGCCGCUCUGGCCUUGCUCUCAAGAGUGCAGCCCUUUGGUUCCCAUUCUUCAUGUGGGGAGUCCUGGGGCUCAGUGAUGCCGAGAGCCCAUGGGGGACAGUGCAGCACCCCAGGGUCCCGUCAGGAAGGUUCGUCUGAUGUCACCAUUGUAGCUAGAAACUAAAAAAUGAACCUCAGAGGGAAACAAAGACAAGAAAUCCUGAUAGAAAGACAGGGAUGGAGAGGGAGGUCUGACC